GCCAAUCAGGAGGCGCGUAUUGGGUUCAAAUAGAGGCGGCGGGUGAAUGUGGCAAUUUCGACUUGGUCUGAAAAGUGAUUGAAGAUGUGGAGGGUGAAAACACUGAAUCUAGGCUUGUCGCCUUCGCCCCAACCGGAAAAACCAGCCAUGGGAACUUCUCUCCGAGAACAAGCUAUGAGAACUCCUCUCCGAGAGCUUAAACUGCAGCCCGAGGUCCACACGGAUUCAGGGAAAGGACCCCCCGUGUUCUCCUCGCUGACCCCAUUCCUACGCAAGCUGGAGCUGAAGGAAAGGCACGACAAGUCAUCUCCAGUGGCUUUUAUCAACCCCGAGAACUCACCUCCAGUGGAUUUUAUCAAUACUGAGAACAGCUUCCUUUCAGAACAUUUCAGCCAUCCUUCAAAGCACAUAGACACUUGUCAGCAUGACUCAGAUCCAAUUCCUGAAAGCAGCUCUCCUCUCAGUACAUCUGAGAAGGCGGUGGAAGCAGUGGAUGACUUUGUAGGAGAACCAGUUGAUGAAAGUGUAGUUAAUACCAUGGUUCUUUUACCCUUCCCAUUGGAGCAGCCGCAAGACCUGAUGCUUGAGGCUCCCUUAGAUGCCGUAGGAGAGGCGGCACCUUGUAUGGAAGACAGCUCUGCAGAAGUUGUUGCUCUUAAGCCUGAGCAACCUACAUCUCAGGACCCUCCCUUAAGAAACAGUAACACUGAAGCACCUGAGGACCUAGAACCUUCUAAAAGUGUGAUGAAUUCCUCUGUGGCUUGGCUUUCUCCUUCAGCUAUCUUGAGCAAAAACCUCCCCGUUGAUCAUGUAGAUCCAGGGGAGGAAACUGUAGAGAGCAGAGUUAUACAGGAAACAGAAGAGAGCUUUCCCACACUCCCUGAGGUGGUUGGAUUGGGAGAGCAAGCACUUGGUGCAAGUGCAGAAGAUGUCCCAUCCUUCUCUCUGGCAUCAAGUCUGGUAGAAAUGGUACCCCAGGGAGCUCCAGGACCCACAAUAGAAGAUGCUGGUAGGACUCCUGGCUCAGAUGCAGAGGCUUGGAUGUCCCCAUUGGCCUGGCUAGAAAAAGGUGUGACUAUGUCGGUCAUGCUGCAAAAUCUGCGCCAGAGAUUAUCCUUUCCUCCUGUGGUUCAGGAUGCUGCCGUUGGCAACACACCCCUCUCUACUUGUUCUGUGGCAACUUCCUUUACUCCUCCAGUACCGCCGGAAGUCGGCUCCAAAGACAGUACUUCAGAGGCAGAGCGCCUCCUCUUGGGCUGUGGUCCUCCGGAUCUGACUGCCUUAUCCCGGCAUGACUUAGAAGCGAACCUGUUGAACUCCAUUGUCUUGCUGGAAGCUCUUUCUCACCAGCUACAAACCUGGAAGAGCCAGCUGACUGCCCCUUCCUGGGAAGCUCAAGACAGCAGCACUCAGACCGACAGCUCUCCUUGCAGGGUCACUAAGACACCUCAACACCUUCAGGACAGCAAGGAGGUUAAACAGGCCCUGCUGCAAGCCAGGGAUGUCAUGCACUCAUGGGUGCUAGUUUCUAGAGAACUGCUAUCCUUGCUUCACCUGUCCCUGGCACACAUGAAAGAAGACAGAAAUGCAGUGAGUCGAGAGUCUCGGCGUGCAGAAACCCUGGUUUCCUCCUGUUCUCAUGUACUGAAGAGACUGAAGGCAAAGCUCCAGAGCCUCAGAACAGAAAGGGAGGAGGCAAGACGCCGAGAGGAAAUGGCCCUGAAAGGGAAAGAUGCGGCAGAGGCAGUCCUGGAGGCUUUCCGUGCACAUGCUAGCCAGCGCAUCAACCGACUGGAACAGGAUUUGACAUCUAUGCAGGAGUUCAGAAGCCUUCUACAGGAGGCCCAGACCCAACUGAGAGGGCUUCACACAGAGCAAGAGGAGCUGACUCAGCAGGCAGUGAGUCUGACUUCUGCCUUGCAGCAGGACUGGACAUCCAUCCAGCUGGAUUAUAGGACAUGGGCAGCUUUGCUGGGUCGGUCUCAAGAACUCACCAAGAAACUCACAGCCAAGAGCCGGCAGGCCCUUCAUGAUCGGGAUGCUGCAGUUGAGGGGAAGAAGCAGGUUUCGAAGGAACUGGAACAAGUCUCUGCCUGUUUAGAGGACUGUAAAGGCCAAAUAGAACAACUGAAGAUGGAAAACAGUCGCCUUGUUGCAGAUCUCUCGGCUCAGCUGCAGAUCCUGACUAGCACAGACAGCCAACUAAAGGAACUACAGAGUCAGCAUUCCCAUUGUGUCCAGGACCUGGCCGUGAAGGAAGAGUUGCUGUGUCAACUUACCCAGAGCAACAAGGAGCAGGCUGCUCAAUGGCAAAAGGAAGAAAUGGAACUGAAACACACACAAGCAAAGCUGCAGCAUCAGCAGGCUGUGCUGGCUAAGGAGGUACAGGACCUAAAGGAGACCCUGGAGUUUGCAGAUCAAGAGAGUCAAGUUGUUCACCUAGAGCUGGGCCAGAUGGAGUGUCAGUUGAAAAGCACACUACAAGUGCUGCGGGAACGCAGCCUGCAGUGCGAGACCCUCAAGGACACUGUGGAGAGCCUCAAGGCUGAGCUGGCCAGCACCAUCACAGAGCAUGAGAAACAGGCCCAGGCGAAGACACACAAGCAGUCUCAAGAGCUGCAGCUGCUGACGGAGCAGCUGCAGAGUCUCACCCUCUUCUUAAAGGCAAAACUAAAGGACAACAGGGCUGAAUCAGAGAUUGUUCUGCCCAGCACAGCCUGUGCUCCAACCCAGGAACACCCUCUGCCUGAUGACUGUGCCAUUUCAGAACAGGUCCUGACAGCAGCAGCAGACAAAGCACCGGAACCAGCUCCUGUGCCGCUGCUUGGAAGUGCUAAGAGUGCUUUCACCCGGGUAGCCUCGGCAGCUUCCCUUCAGCCUGCAGAGACCCCAGACCUGGAGACGAGCCUGGCAGAAAUGAGGGCUAUGCUACAGGACCUUCGGAGUCUGUGCUCCCUGCUGCAAGAGUCUAAAGAAGAAGCCGUCGGGGUCCUGCAGAGAAAGAUCUGUGAACUGCAGACUAGACUACAGGCCCAAGAAGAAGAGCAUCAGGAAGCCCAGAAGGCAAAGGAUGCAGACAUGGAGAAGCUGAACCAGGCCUUGUGCUUGUGCUACAAAAAUGAAAAGGAGCUCCAGGAAGUGAUUCAGAAGCAGAAUGAGAAAAUCCUGGGGCAGAUAGACAAGAGUGGCGAGCUCAUAAGUCUCAGGGAGGAGGUGACCCAGCUCACACGUUUACUUCGGCAUGCGGAGACAGAGACUAAAGUGCUCCAGGAAGCCCUGGAAGGCCAGCUGGACGGCAGCUGUCAGCCGAUGGCCACUAGCUGGAUCCAGGAAAAAGUGUCUCUCUCACAGGAGGUGGACAAGCUGAGGGCCAUGUUCCUGGAGAUGAAAAAUGAGAACGCAAAGCUGGUAGCCAAGUAUCAGAGCCAUAGGACCAUCCUGGAGGAGAACCUUCGGCGAUCUGACACAGAGCUCAAGAAACUCGACGACACUAUUCAGCAUAUCUACAAGAUUCUACUGUCUGUCCCAGAGGUAGUGAAGAGCUGCAAGGAGCUACACGGAUUGCUAGACUUUCUGAGCUAAG